CCUGCGCGCGCUCUGUCACUCGUCCGCUCGCGUCUCCAACUUCGGGGCGGACGGUGGGGCCAUGGGGGCGCGCCCGGGCUGUAUCACGUAGCCGCAGCGCCCUCGGACCGCCCGUGCGGCCCCAAGCUCCCGCCCGGCCCUUCCUGCGUCUCGGCCAUGGGCAGCCACGGCGCCCCCGUGUGCGCGGCGCACCCCGCGGUGGCCGAGGGCGGCCUGGCCCGGGAGCCGCUGCAGCUCCUGGAGGUACCGCCCCGCAAGAGGCUGCCUGUCGGGCCUGAGCAGGACCCUUGUGGCAGCCGCCCUGCUCCCGAGGGCGCCAGGGCAGGCGCAGAACAGGGCCACUCCGCCGGCGGAGGCAGCUGGUGCCGCCACUGCCACACGAGGCUCGCGGAGCUCAAGCGACAGGCUUGGAAGCUGGUCAGCGGGUCCGGGACACCGCUCCGGGACCCCUGCCUGUCCUCGCUGCUGCUGGACCAGCUCCCGGCGUCCGGCCCUGCACCCUCCUGCCGCCCGGAGGGUGAGCGCCGCUGCGAGGUCUGCGCGGCCCACCUGCACCGGCUCACGCGGGAGGCCCUGCGGCUGCUGCAGGCGCCCGCCGGCCGGGAAGACCCCGACGCCCGGCCUGGAGGCCCCGGGGCCCCGGAGAGCCCGCGGGACGUGCCGGUGGAGCUGGGCCCAGCCGGGAGGCAGCCGGGCCAGGUGGCGCCGGAUGGGCGGAAGGUGCUGGCCUGGCCCUCGGGGCCCAGCGUCCAGGUGUCGGUGGCGCCCGCCGGCCUGGGCGGGGUGCUGAGCACGGUCACCAUCCAGGCCCAGCAGUGCCUGGAGGGCGUGUGGAGCGUCUCCAGGGUUGGCGGCCUCCUGCCCGCCUCCUGCCUGGCAGAAGCGGCGGUGGCUGCGGUGGCGGUGGCCGACACGGUGCGAGAUGGCCCUCCCGCCCUGGGCCCCGACGGCGUGUCCAAGAUGUGGGGCCGCGGCGGGGCCUGCACGGCGGCCCUGGUCUCCCCGGCCCCGGGCUCCUCGGCCGGGGGCUCCCCCGGCCCGUCGGCCGCAGCCUCCUUCUUCAUCAGGGCCGUCCAGAAGCUCAGCCUGGCCUCCAAGCGCAAGAAGCCCCCCCCGCCGCCGGCCCCUGCCGGCCGGGGCACCUCCACCUACCCCACGGACUUCAGCGGGGCCCUGCAGCUGUGGCCGCCCCCCGGGCCCCCCUGCCUGCUCAGGGCCGCCUCCAAGGCCAAGGAUAACCCCGGCGGUGUUGCAAAGGUGAAGGUCAUGCUGCGCGUCUGGCCCGCCCAGGGGGCCCCGCGCUCGGCCGAAUCGUCACCGUCCUUCCUGAAGGUGGACCCACGGAAGAAGCAGGUGACCCUGUACGACCCGGCCACGGGGCCCCCGGGCAGCGCAGGUUCCCGGCUUGCGGCCGCCGCCGCGGUCCCGAGGACGUUUGCCUUCGACGCCGUCUUCCCCCCGGACUCGGAGCAGGCCGAGGUCUGCUCGGGGACGGUGGCCGAUGUCCUGCAGUCGGUGGUCAGUGGGGCUGACGGCUGCAUUUUCUCCUUCGGCCCCACGAGCCUUGGGAAGUCGCACACCAUGAUCGGGAAGGACGGCUCGCCCCAGAGCCUGGGCGUUGUGCCCUGCGCCAUCUCCUGGCUCUUCCGGCUCAUCGGGCAGCUCCGGGACCGGACCGGCGCCCGCUUCUCCGUGCGCGUCUCGGCCGUGGAGGCGUGCGGCCGGGACCAGCCCCUGCGAGACCUGCUGGCCGAGGUGGCCGCCGCCGGCCUCCAGGACGCCCGGUCUCCCGGGGUGUACCUGCGGGAGGACCCCGUCUGUGGGACGCAGCUGCAGGCCCAGAGCGAGCUGCGGGCGCCCACGGCCGAGAGGGCGGCCUUGUACCUGGACGCGGCCCUGGCGGCCCGCAGCGCCGGCCGGGCCGGCUGCCCCGAGGACGCCCGGGGCGGCUCCCACAUGCUCUUCACGCUGCACGUGUACCAGUACCGCGUGGAGAAGUGCGGCAAGGGGGGAAUGUCCGGAGGCCGCAGCCGCCUGCACCUCCUGGACCUGGGCGGCUGCGAGGGGGCGCCCGGCGGCCCCCCGGGCCUGUCCCUGCCGGCCUUGGGCAGUGUCAUCCUGGCCCUGCUCAGCGGAGCCAAGCACGUGCCCCACAGGGACCACGGGCUCACCCUGCUGCUGCGGGAGGCCCUGGCCGGCGCCGCCUGCCACGCCACCAUGAUCGCCCACGUCUCCGACGCGCCCGCCCGCCACGCCGAGACGCUCAGCACCCUGCAGCUGGCCGCCCGGGUGCACCGCCUGUGCAGGAAGAAGGCCAAGUGCGCCUCCAGCUCCUCCGGCGGCGACAGCUCCUGCGAGGAAGGCCGUGCCCGCCCCGCCGCCGCCCUGCCGCCCUUCCACCCCCGCUCCGGGGCCCGCCUGGCCCCUCGCGCGCCCCGAGACCCCGACUACUCGUCCAGCAGCGAGCAGUCCUGCGACACGGUCGUCUACGUGGGGCCCGGCGGCGCGGCGCUGUCCGACCGCGAGCUCACGGACGGCGAGGGCCCGCCCGAGUCCGUGCCCAUCGUGCCCGCGCUGAGCCGCCGCCGGCCCUCGGGGGGCCCGCGGGACGCGGACCACUUCCGCUGCAGCACCUUCGCGGAGCUGCAGGAGCGGCUGGACUGCAUCGACGGCAGCGAGGGCCCCGGGGCCCCGGCCGGCCCCGCCCGCGGCGGCAGGAGGCCCUCGCCGCCCGAGGCCACGGCCCCCAGGGUGGCCACGGACGCCCCGCUGGCUGUCGGCACCUUUCACGGCGGCCCCGGCCCAGACGCCCACCGUGGCGCCCCGGAGCCGGACAGCGGCACGGGACCCGAGCUGCUGGGGCCCAACAAGGCCCCCGGGGGCGGCGGCAGGAGGCCGCUGCCCAGCCCAGCCCCUCCGCCCCCCGGGCAGCUGGAUGGGGGUCGAGCCCCCGCUGAGCCUGGGGGCGGGGGUGACGACGGUGUGGUCCGGACGCCCCUGGCGGGCACGAGCGGGCAGGGGGGCCGCCCUCGGGUGUCGGCGAGGGGCCGUCUGGAGCGGGGCCUGCUGACCACCACGGUGACGCUGCAGCAGCCGGUGGAGCUGAACGGCGAGGACGAGCUGGUGUUCACAGUGGUGGAGGAGCUGGCCCUGGGGGCGCGCCCCGCCAGCCUGGGCAGCCUGGGCAGCCUGGGCAGCGACUGCUCGCUGCGGGCCCUGGCCUCGGGCUCUCGGCCCGUGAGCAUCAUCAGCAGCAUCAACGACGAGUUCGACGCCUACACCUGCCCGGCCGCCGGCCCCUCCCCAGGCCCCGGGCUCCACGAGGUCGGCGUCUGUUCCGCCGACGGCCUUGGCCCCACGCCGCAGCCAUGCCCACGGGCCAGCCCGGACCUUGCCACCCUGGCUCCCCCGCAGGGCCCAGCCCUCCAGGGCCCCCCGAUCCUGGACAGCUCCCCGGGGCACGACCCACCGGGCAGCCCUGGCCCCGAGGCUGCGGCAGCCACCGCCCGAGUGGACAGGGAGCCCCCGGCCCCGCCGCGCGGCGCAGCCCCCGUGCAGACGAUCCACUCCAGCCUCCCCCGGAAACCCCGGACUACCCCGGCGGCUGGCGGCUCGGGCGGUCCCCGCCUGGCCCUGAGCCCGCCUGGCCCCGGGGGGCAGUUCGAGGACCCCUGGCUGCUCCGGGCAGAUGGCCGCGGCCCCCUCCAGGUGCCCUCUGGCAGCAGGACCGCCAGCCCCGCCCCGAUGCUGGCCUGUGCCCGGAGGGUGGUGGACGGCUGUGAGGUGGCAGCCAGGGCAGCCCACCGGCCGGAGGCUGUGGCUCAGAUCCCGCCGCUGCGGAGGGGGGCCACCACACUGGGGGUGACCACGUUGGCCGCACCCUGCGGGGACGUCCCCAGCGGAGCCGGGGGCCUGCGUGGGCAGCCCGAAGGCCGCCCCAGCGGCAAGAGGGGUGUGGUUCCCAGGGGGGCUCUGUUCCUGAGGCCCGGCGGGUCGGCGCCCCCGGCCCCGCCCGUGCGCAAGUCCAGCUUGGAGCACAAGGCCAGCCCGGCGGUGCCCGCGCCUCCCCCGGCCGGGGGUCCAGCCUGGCCUGGGGCUGCUGCCCUCUUCCCCGGGGAGGAGGAGGCCAGGCCCAGCGGCCGGGCCGACCACUCUGUCUCCAAGGCCACGUCCAGCCUGAAGGCCCGAGCUGGCAAGGCAGAGGCCGCGUGCCGGCCCUGCCACCCAGGGGUCUCUGGAGCGGUGCGAGGGGCCGGCCCACGGCAGGGCAGGGCCAGGGAUGCUGCUGCUGGGAGGCCUGUCCGGGCUGUGCCUCGGUUGGGUGUGCCCCCCUCCAGCCCUGCACCCGGGCCCGCUCCUGCCUGCCGGGGCAGCCCCGCCAGGGCCGUGGGGGCCCCCAAGCCCCCAGCCGGUGGGGGCAAGGGCCGCAGCCUGGCGGGCGGUGGGUCAAGGGCUCCAGGGGCUUCUGCAAAGCCUCCGGCCCCCGUGGCAGGCCGGACCCCAGGCGGCCCCGCGGCUGGUCCCAGGGCGGCGCCGCGGGCCAGCCCUGGCGUCGGGGCCAAGGUCAGCCGGGGCACCAUCAUGGGCACCAAGCAGGCGCUGCGGGCCGCCCACAGCCGCGUGCACGAGCUGGCGGCCGGGGGCGCCCCGGGCAGAGGCGGCCCCUCCUGGGGCUCGGCCGACUCGGACAGCGGCAACGACAGUGGCGUGACCACGGGCGCCCCGCUGCCCUCGCCCUACAGCAAGGUGACGGCCCCGCGGCGCCCCCAGCGCUGCAGCAGCGGCCACGGCAGCGACAACAGCAGCGUGCUGAGCGGGGAGCUGCCCCCGGCCAUGGGCCGCACGGCGCUGUUCUACCACAGCGGCGGCAGCAGCGGCUACGAGAGCCUGAUGCGCGACAGCGAGGCCACCGGCAGCACCUCCUCCGCCCCCGACUCCAUGAGCGACAGCGGGGCCGCCUCCCCGGGCUCCCGCGCCCGCAGCCUCAAGUCCCCCAAGAGGAGGGCCGCAGGUCUUCAGCGGAGACGGCUGAUCCCAGCCCCACUGCCCGACGCGGCCGCGCUGGGCCGCAAGCCCGGCCUCCCCGGGCAGUGGGUGGACCUGCCCCCGCCGCCGGGGGCCUCGCUGAAGGAGCCCUUCGAGAUCAAGGUGUACGAGAUCGACGACGUGCAGCGGCUGCAGCGGCUCCGCCUGCCGCCCCGGGGGGAGCUGGAGCCCCCCCAGGACGUGGAGAAGGGCCUGGUGUGUGCCAGCGUGAAGGUGCGGCUGGCGGAGCGCCGGCAGCAGAAGCUGCGGGACGUGUGGGCCAAGCGGGAGCUCCUCUGCGCGGAGCUGGCCGCCACGCAGGGCCGGCUGAUGCUGGAGCCGGGCCGCUGGGCGGCGCAGUUCGAGGUGGACCCCGCGCUGGAGCCCGAGUCCGCGGAGUACCUGGCAGCCCUGGAGCAGGCGACGGCCGCCCUGGAGCAGCACGUGAACCUGUGCAAGGCCCACGUCAUGAUGGUCACCUGCUUCGACAUCAGCGCGGCCACCCCGGCCGCCGCCCCGGGGCCGCAGGAGGUGGACGUCUGAGGCCCGGCCCAGGACUCGGGGCGGGGGUGUGUGGGGCGUGAGGGCGGCGUGUGGGAUGGACGGCGGAUGUGUUGGGGGCUGGAGUAACGUGGGCGCAGAGGCCCCGGCGGAGGGCGGGCGCCGGGAGUCGGUGGGACAGGAGGGAGCAGCGUGGACGCGGGGUGAGUGCGCGGGAGGCGAGGCGACGGCCCCCACCCGGAGAGCGACGCAAGUGCCUUUGACCUGGACGAGGACGCCUCUUCCUUGUAGUUUGGUGCUGAGAACUCGAGCCACCAGCAGCCAGAGGCCCGGAGCCCUGGCCUGGGGGCGGCCGCAGCCGUGGGGGAGGGGCCGGCUGCGUUUCGUGGGGUCCGGUCGUCUUUACAGCAGGUCCCAGCAGCUGCGGCCGGGCCCCCCGCCCCUUCCCGCAUCCAGGAUGGUUUUCCUGGGCGCUGGGUCCCCCUGGCGGGGCCGCCCAAACGGUCUCCGAACCCGCGCUCCGCAGCGCUGCCCGCGGCAGAGCGUGCAGGCGGGUCCUGGACCUGCUGGGCCCCCGAGGACACGGGAGGGCGGAGCCCGGGGCGGGGCCAAGCCUCACGGCGGCUCCCUCCGCGGCGGGAACUCUUACCAAAACCACAAGCA